AUGGCCUCGGAGAUGAGGGACCAAGAGUCGAGAGCUACACGUAGUCGCCCGUGCGAUGCUUGUAGACGCCGGAAAAGCAAGUGCGUGACCGACGAGGGCAAGGCAAUCUGUGUACUGUGCCACUUCCACAACCAACGUUGCACCUAUCUAGAACGCCCGUUGCCGAGGAAACGUGCAAACGACCGUUGCGACCAACACUCCCCGCUGAAACGGAGUCGAGUCCUCCACACCAAGCCCGGCACCGGGGUCGAGGAAGAGGAAUACCAUACCAUCCGUGGUCCAAGCCUCCUGAAGAAGACUCUCGGUCUGCAGAAUCGCCACCACACCGAGUACAUCGGUCCGAAUGCCUAUCAAGACGUCUACGGCACACAGACACUCGAUCCGGAAGAUGCACACGGUGAUGGCGCCGAGCAUGAGCGCUCCCCCGGUACCGCUGACUACGUGCGCUUUGUCCAUCCAUGCGCUGCUUUUCGCAUCAUACCCGACACGGAAACCGUCGGCCUGGAGAAGGAGCGAUCUGACAUCGAUGAGAUUGAGGCUACCGCACAAGGUCACGGUCCCGAGCUGGUCCAGCUCUAUUUCCGCAUUGUACAUCCAAGCUUCCCAAUCCUCCACAAGGACGUCUUCCUGGAAAAAUACGCCCGCUCCUAUCGCGAGUUUUCGCCACCCUUAUUAGGCGCAGUCUACCUAUUGGCAUCGGCGUAUUGGGUAAGCCCCUGCGAUCGGAGCUGUGCCUGAUAGCUCACCCUUCACCAAGCUGACCAGCGCUCGUCCAAAUAGGCCUAUAGCGAAUCGCUGGCACAGUCUCGCGAGCUGGACUUGGCAAAGCUACAGGCGCUAGCGUUCAAGGCACUGCAGAACACCAUGCACCGGCCAAAGCUUAGUACCAUACAGGCGGGACUGCUACUCUCACAACACCAGAAGUCCUUCAUGGGCACACUUCCACACGAACAGAGAGAUCGACUCACGGUCCAGCUGGUCAACCUGGCUCACGCUCUCGGCCUGCACCUGGACUGCUCUCAGUGGGAGCUUCCUGACUGGGAAUACGGCCUCCGCAGACGCAUCGCUUCCGCUCUAUACAUGCAAGACAAAUGGAGCGCCUUGCUCGAGAGCCGACCGUCCCUGAUCAUCCACGAGGAAUGGGAUGUCGCGUAUCUGUCGGAAGAAGACUUUCCAGACCACAUUGAAGAUGACCAAGAGGGCAGCAGCGAAGUCUUUCUAGGCAUGCUGGUAUUCAUGCACAUGGCGGAACUAACCGUCAUAGUCUCCGAGAUCCUUUCCCGCGUCUUCUCGGCGCGAGCACGACGCACAAUCGAACAAGCAUCCGAAAGGCUGGCAACACUCCUGGAUCAGAUGAAGCCUCUGCAGAUCAGGCUCAAAAGCUGGUUCUCGACGCUACCAGACCUUCUCAAAAUGGACACAGUGGCGUCGAUGAAGCUCUCGCCUGUGGGCUAUCUACGCCUGGCUUACCUCACUGUCGAGGUCUGCCUACAUCGCAACCUUCUGAGGACUCUGGUGACCUCAGAUCAUGUCGACCUGACCCUUUCCCGAGUGUGUCGAGUCGCAUCCAACGCACGCUUCACCAAUGCCACGGACUUCAUCCAGCGCCUUCAAGCACAGCACCUCGCCUCUUUCUGGUACUUCACUUCGGCCAAAUGCUGCGCACUAAUCCAUGCCUUCGGCAAGACAUUAGAGUCGACAGCUAACACCGCCGAGGAGGAAGCCUUCUACGCCAGGAAACUGAAAGAAUUCAAAUGGACCUUGAAAGUCAACAGCGAGGCUGGAGCCUGCUUCAUGAGACAAGCACUGGCUUUCAUCAAUCAUCCCGUGCGAGUAGUCCCGUACAACCCCGGUUCGCGGUGGACGGAUACUAGUCCCACGUCGACAAAUCACCAACUAGCAACCCCUAUCCCGACGACUGGGAUGUCAUCCGACCAAUAUGCUGCUACGAACAAUAAUCAUGACUCAGCUAUACCCCCGGCCAUGUCGUAUGUAGUAGUCCCGGCCGGCGAUGCCAUGGACCACACCGCUUUCCCAGGCUCAGAAGACCUCUUUUCCCAUUUUUACGACAACUCUAAUGGGUCUUGGACGCAAGGUCUGGGCUGA